GAAGUUGGAGUGACAAAUAUUUAUGCCAAUAGUGAGGAAGUUUCAAAAACUCCGGGCACAAUAACCAAUGACGCGAGGAACUGUUCGAAAGGACGUGUCAGGCAGCCAACGGCCGGCGACGCUGCGGUGGUCGCGUGGCUUCCGUUCCAAGGGGGCGGGGCGGUGUCCCAAACGGAAGGUAGUUUUUGUCGGUGCUGAAGCUGGUUUGAAACUGAGGGUUGGGCUCGGCCGCCGUUGUCUGUCGCCGCUGCCGCGCUUCCGUGCUAGGCCGUCCCUGCCUGCCCCGCCUCCCUUCAGACUCCUCGGUCCCAGGUCCGGCACACAGCUCAACUCGGGUCCCGCCCGCUGCCUCCGGCUGCGGACCCGGCCCGCACUGCGGCCCCUCCGCCGCCACCAUGUCCCUGCACGGCAAACGGAAGGAGAUCUACAAGUAUGAAGCGCCCUGGACCGUCUACGCCAUGAACUGGAGCGUGCGGCCCGACAAGCGCUUUCGCCUGGCGCUGGGCAGCUUCGUGGAGGAGUACAACAACAAGGUCCAGCUGGUUGGUUUAGAUGAAGAGAGCUCAGAGUUUAUUUGCCGAAACACCUUUGACCAUCCAUACCCCACCACAAAGCUCAUGUGGAUUCCUGACACAAAAGGCGUCUAUCCAGACCUCCUGGCUACAAGUGGCGACUAUCUCCGUGUGUGGAGGGUUGGUGAAACAGAGACCAGGCUGGAAUGUUUGCUAAACAAUAACAAGAACUCUGACUUCUGUGCUCCUCUGACCUCCUUUGACUGGAAUGAGGUGGAUCCUUAUCUUUUAGGUACCUCCAGCAUUGAUACAACUUGUACCAUCUGGGGGCUGGAGACAGGGCAGGUGCUGGGGCGAGUGAACCUUGUGUCUGGUCAUGUGAAGACCCAGCUGAUCGCCCAUGACAAGGAGGUCUAUGAUAUUGCAUUUAGCCGGGCCGGGGGUGGCAGGGACAUGUUUGCCUCCGUGGGCGCUGAUGGCUCGGUGCGGAUGUUUGACCUACGCCAUCUGGAACACAGCACAAUCAUUUAUGAAGACCCACAGCAUCACCCACUGCUGCGUCUCUGCUGGAAUAAACAGGACCCUAACUACCUGGCCACCAUGGCCAUGGAUGGAAUGGAGGUGGUGAUUCUGGAUGUCCGAGUUCCCUGCACGCCUGUCGCCAGGUUAAACAACCAUCGAGCAUGUGUCAAUGGCAUUGCUUGGGCCCCACAUUCAUCCUGCCACAUCUGUACUGCAGCGGAUGACCAUCAGGCUCUCAUCUGGGACAUCCAGCAAAUGCCUCGGGCCAUCGAGGACCCUAUCUUGGCCUACACAGCUGAAGGAGAGAUCAACAACGUGCAGUGGGCAUCGACGCAGCCCGACUGGAUUGCCAUCUGCUACAACAACUGCCUGGAGAUUCUCAGAGUGUAGUGCUGGUGCUGCCAGGCCCACGAGGCAGGGCCUCGUGUGUUUCCCGCCUCUGCUCCACCCCCAAAGUAAGAAGAAACAUGUUUCCAGUGGCCAGUAUGUCUUUCGUUGCUUUGCACCCACUGUUACCAGAAGCUGCUCUAGGAGUUCUUGGCCAGUCACCCCAUUGCUCUCUGGGCUGGACUCAGCGCUCUGUGGCGCCUCCUCAGCCCCAGGGCUGAGUUUUAAGAUUUCUCUCCUUUCCUCUUCUCCUUUGGUCACUCAGUUAAAAAUCUCUGUAUGUUUGUCAGCUGUUGUAUUCACGAGCAUCACAGGCACUGGCCACGUUUGUCUUUAUCUGCCCUAGAUGUCUGUCUGUCUGCUGCCCGAGGCAACAAUCCAUGGCCUGUCCUUGUCCUCGUCCAUGUCCAUGUCAGCACUUAAAGUGGGAACAAAUACCAGUUACGAAGUUGUCUUUCCUCUGUCUAUCAGUGUCUUUAACAAAUUUCAACUUUGUAUAUUUUUUAUCUACCAGGCUAAUUUUUUUAUGAAAAGAAUUUUACUCUCCCUGGUUUCUUCCUUUGUUUCAUAUUUCUCCCUGGUGGCACCCUCCUCUCUUUCCUCAGUGCCUGGAGCUGGCACUGGGCCCUGACCUCAUGAGCAGUUUGCCUUCUUAAAUCACUGCUUCAGUGGUUUGUACCUGACCAGGAGUCCCAAACUGCCUUGGUGCUCUGAAGUCGGCCAACUCAUCACACCUUUUUCUCAUCCUGGCUCUUCUCAAGGGCAUUCUGGGCUCCCAAACAAAUGCAGGACACUUUCUUUUGAAGUACCUCUGUCCAACCCCUUGGGAACGUGGUAGAGCUGAGGUAGACUGGCUACUUAGAGUGCAUCUUUAGAGGGGAACAGCUUCAGGAAAGCUGAGCUUGGAGCAUAUUUUCAGUACAUAGUUUCAGAGUCUGUUUUUCCCUCAAACUAUAAAACCCAGGCCAUUCCACUUUCUGUCUUGAAUGAUUGGCAAGAAUGAUCUGUAAGCUGAAGUUAGGUAUUUCUCUUUGUUUUGUUUCCUGUGACUUGACUUAUGGAAUAUUGGCCACUGUUUGAACGGAGUGCUCUGAGGUGAGAGUCCUGCUUGAGAGGUAUACUGUCUGUACUUUGAACAAGGUUCCCAUUAGAGUGUGGGAGAUUCAGCUCUUGUAAGGAAUGGACUCAUCAACUGUGAUGAUCCGAGACCGCCAAGUAAAUAGAUGGUUAGAAAAGUCUUGGACCCCAGGGUCAGCCAGGUAAGAGCUCUACCCACACUGUCAGCAUUCCUUCCCCCCAUCAUUUGGGUUCUGAGCAGUAUUGGCCUUCUAGGCUGCAGGUGUCUGUUUCCGUUAUGCGAAUGAGUUGCUUGGAGGAUGCUUGUGUGUGAUUCUCCUGUUAGGUCUGUCCUUGGGGCAGUCUGGGAAGCACACUGGGGUGCGGGGAGAGGCUAGGAGUUUUCUUGGCUCUUCCGAAUACUCGGAGGUGUCUUAGACCCUCUCAUUUGCCUAUCCGAGAUGAGAGUAGCAGGCGCUAAGGCCAGUGGUUUUGCCCACUUAGGCUCACAGCAGCUCUCGGGAAACAAAACAGUUAACUUCAUUCUUCUGGGCCCUUAAACCCUUGGUUGGCUCUUCCUUUUCAGAAGCAGAUGUAUUUGUGUCCCAAAAGUCAUAGCUCUUUGCUUUACUACACAGGAGCUUGUUCCAAAGAAAUAGGUUCUUUUUUCUCAGUCAGGGUGUUUCUCCUGCCUUCUCACUUUCUUCUUCUGAUGUUGGGACUCUUCCGGUGACCGUCCUGCUCAGGGUCGUCUCUCCCACAUUUUCCGCUGGAUUUACGAGGGGUCAUUUGGAGAUGUAAAGUGAGCAGUUCUUUGUCAACACCCCCCUCUGCUUUUAGUUGUUUUUGAUCGUGGUUACAGGGUCCAUUCUAAAGGGUAGCAAGUCUCAUUUGAUUGGUUGCUUGCUCUAGGAGGCUAUCAGUUCCUUCCUGUGGAAAAAAGUCUCACAUGGUGGGCGGAGUGGUAGAAGGGUCUGGUCCUGCCAGGGCAAUGCUUGACUCUGCCGAAUUCUUAGUUAAGGUUCCUUUCCUGAUCUGCACUUAAAUCUGGUCUGAAUGGUGAGAAGGUUUGUCAACUGGAAUGCAAAACAGCCUGUGGGGAAAGACGUAGUCAAUAAUAGUAACUAGAAUGUAUUUGGAUAAGGUAGCUAUUUACUCUGGAAACCAACAAGUUUUGAUGGUUGUUUUUUUUUUCCUUGCCCUGUGGCCUCCCAGCGCUAUCAUCCUUGCAGCUAUGCUCCUCCUUUUGCCAUCCCACCUGGGGCCCAGGUGAGACUCCCUAGACACCCACAGAUAGUCCCAUUUGCUGGUAUUUGGAAGUCCCUCCCUCUUACCCUCCCUGUACUACACAGGCCAGGUGGCUCACGGAUGAGGAUUGGAUUUCUGCGUUUUCAGGAUUUAGGAAGCCUCUUAGUCAGCUGUGCUCCAGGAAGCACAGAUCUAUUGCAGUUUUCAAAGCAGGUCUUUUAUUUGUUAAAUCGACAGCCAGAGAGUGAGUGAGAAGCUCUGGAUCCUCUAGUGGGAGGAGAGCAGCUGUUAGAACUUUAUGAGGAAGGCCUGUGGUGGCACCUCUGGGCUCUGGCUCAGCUAGUGGUGGCCCUUUGACUUGCUCUUGGUCCAGAACUACCUUUCUCUUUUCUUGGUCUGCUCUGAGGAGAAGUGGAGGUACUAAGUAAAUUAGGCCUUGGGUCUCCACCAUCAGAGAGCUGGUGAAUGGGAACGAGUCAUUCAAGGGCUCGAGUCCCUACACUUGGGAGAGUUUAAACCCUCUCCUUCCAGGGAGGAAUUGCCCUCAAGUUAGGACUUGAAGAGGGAAGAUGUGUGAUACCUAGGUGAGAAUUUCUCAUCAGAACCAGGGUUGGCUUUUGGAAAGCUGGCUAAGAUUUGGGAAGAACCAGAAAAAAAUGAGAAUCCUACAAGAUUUUGGUGGUAGUUAUGGCUUAAUUUUUAGGAGGAGAGUUUAAGAUGUGGGAGAAAAUCAAUGGUGUUUCUUUAGCGCAAAGAAGGACUGUUAGAGGGCAGUAAAGGUAUGAGGCGUGGAAGCAUUCAGACUCUCCAUUGCCAGGCUGUGGAGUGAGACUGCCUUCAGCCUGGACCAGCCUUCCUGGGCCAUUAACUGGGCAUCCAUGAUGCUGGGUAACUGUAGGGACAGGACAACAGCUGGGGGCAGAGGGAUCCCCUCCCUGCAGCAUUGUAGCUGUAGGUGAUGUUUGGUUUAAAAAAAAAAUCUGCAGGCUCUUGGAGUCCUGUGACCGUCCCAGACGGUGGGUCUUCUUGGUUGUAGGUUUAUACUGAGCAGAAGAAGCAGAGGUUGUAUAUGGCCAUGCUAGCUUUUCUCCUCUUUUUUCUCUUCUCUUCUUUUCUGCUUAGCUUUCCACUCCCUUUCUAAUGUAGAACUUUCUCCCCACUGUAACCUGGGCCUUGAAUCCCUAGGUUGUAAAGACAUGUAGGAGCUGCAGGGUUCACCAGACAUGGGAGAGCCAGCCCAGUGCCACCCCUCCACCUUCCUCUGCCUGAGAAUAUGGAAACUUGGGGUAGGGAGGCCACUGAAGUAGAGGUCUUGAAGCAGACUCUUCCCUCUGUCUCUGCACUCCAGGUUGAGGAAGGAGGGCCAUGCUUGGCACUUAAAUUGAGUUUUCCCUGAGAGAAAAGCUGAGCUGAGCAAAGUCACUGUGAACCCUGGCCAGGCUCUCAAAGAGCCAUCUUCUCUACUGGCUGGGCCAGCUACUGAGAGUGUCUUAUGUCACGGAGCCUUGCCCACCUCUCCCACCUGCACCCUCUUCUUCCACAGUUUUCUUUGCUGCUAAUGGUAAAAGUCAAAUGUGUGGCCACAUGGGAUGGGCCAGGUCCUCUCAGGCUACUUUCUGGAUGCUGUUUUUAAAAUAUGGUAACAUGCAGGUGCCUUUCCAAAGAGGCUUGGACUGGUGUCUCAAACCAGAAACAAGAACUCAAGAAGAAAGAUGUUGGCAGUCUGUGUAACAGCUGGAAAAUGCACCCUCCUUGGAACAACCCGCCUCCUGUAUAAGAAGUACCGUAUUUUCUGCCCAUCAUACUUUGUAAUAAAACUUGAACAUGUAUAAAUUGGCU